UAAUUACGUUUUACACUCAACUUUCUAUUAUAGCAUUUAGUCUUAAACAGUACGUAAACAGUAAAAUUAAACAAAAAUCGUACUCUGACCAAACAUAAUAUUUAUUACCAUCUGUAUCAAAUCUCCGUGGCCUUCAGAAACUCUGGUGCACUACAGAGUGCGCGAGGAGUGUGGAUUUGGGACGCAGCCCGUGUAGCUGAGUAAUUCAGUGCUGUGAUCUACAUUACCUGCAGGUGAGCAGAAUCACAACACAGACUCAUUCAUUAACACACUCAUUAACUUCUUUAAGAUAAAUUAUGGAGCUAAAGUCUGAUAGUGGAGUAAAAAGCGCUGCUGGGAUAGUUUAGCGUUAGUUUGCUGGUGAGGACUAAAUGCCUGAAUUAAGUUACAGUGGAGACUUAGCUUAGUUUAGCCUAGCCUAGCGUUAGUUUAGCUGCAGCUAAUCUCCCACAGAAACAGCGGAGUGGUUAUUUUAUCUAGGCGAGCUGUACGGAGAUGUAUUCCAGACCCCCAAACCCGAACUACCACCGGCCGCCCUUUCACCAGAGACCCCCGUUUCCCCCCGGCGGCGGCGGACAACCUCCCUUUUCAGACCCGUAUAACAGGCCGCCGUUCCCCCCACCGUACCGGGGAGCUCCGCCGCGGCCCCCGCCUCCGUACCGGGGAUCCGGUCCCGAGAGCUUCAGCGGAGCGGCGACCAGAGACCCGUAUUACGAGGUACCACCUCCAAACCAGUUCCAGCACAGUCAGCCUCCUCAGGGAUGGUCGGUCCAGCAGACGGAUCUGCAGAGUCUAGAAGUGAGGAAAAAAGCAGAAGAGUUCCUCCGGAUCCUGGAAGCCAAAGACAAGCUGGAGCUAUCUGGUCAGUCUGGUGAAAAGAACACCAGAAGGCAGAGCCAGGAUGAUGAAACGGAAAACCACAACUCUGAGAAGCACUCAAGCACGCGGAGCAAAAGCCGGGCCAGGAGCCGUGGACGCAGCAAAAGCAGACACCGCAGCCGGAGCCGCAGUCGGAGCCGCAGUCGGAGCCGGGGAAAGAGUCGCGCCAGGAGCCGCAGCCGAGGAAGAAGUCGGGCAAAGAGCAGAGCAAAAAGCCGGGCGAGGAGCCGAAGCCGCAGUCGCAGCCGUAGUCGCGGGAAGAGUCGCACCAGAGGGAAAAGCCGUGCUCGCAGCCGCGAGAAGACUGAGUCAAGGAGUAAAAGCCAGCCACGGAUACAGUCAAGUAAAGACUCUCAUUGGAGUGUGAAGGAGCUCAGUGGUAUCAGUAAUACCAGUAGCAGUAGAGGGAGUCCACCUGACAGCACGGUACCAGACCUUUUCCAGGGCCUAAGACAAGUUCUGCAGAGCAAGGAGCUGGAGAAACAUCUGUCUGUGGCCAAAGGAGCACUGUUGUGGAAUCAGAUCUCAAAUGAACCAAGAGAAAUACAGGAGCACAAGCCUGCAGUUGAAAGCUUCCCGAGAAUUCCAGAAUUUCAUCAGAACUUGUAUGAUCCUGAAAUGCCCACUGGCUUCAGCCAAUCUGGUCUACUUCCUCACGAGCGAAUCGGUGAGGGUGGCAAUUCCUUCCCCCGGAUCUUAUCCUGGGACGACCCCAGCCAGCAGACAGAGGUCAAGCCCAUGUUCCCAAACAUUGAGGAUGAGGAGGAGUUCCUUUAUGGAGAGGAAGAAGAGAGGACUAAACCUCAAGCCGUCACUGUCCCUCUGGCCCAGACCAGACCAAUAGAGUCUCCAGUAGAAACAGUGUUUUCUCCAGCACAGACCCCAUAUCUGACCCAGACUAUUCUCAGCCAGACCUCCAAUCUUCACGAGCCGCAUGCUCAAGCUGUGGCCAGCAAGCCGCCCACAAAAAGUGCAAAUGUGGCCCCUGAGGACUGUGAGAAGGUGAAAAACAUGCUAAAGACUAUUGGUUUGAACCUCAGCAUGACUGAUCUUAGUAAGAUGGCAGCUAGACUGAAGCAGAAGAAGGAGGAGCAGAAAGCAACGUCUCCAGCUGCUGGGUUGGCGUUGCUCAAACCUGCCCUUGAAGCUCUGCAGGCUUUGUCUAAAGCACCCAAAUCUGAUGACAGUCGAAGUAAUCGUUCUGGAAGCAGCCAUUCACACAAGGACUCACGAGAAGAUCACAAAGAAAAGCGGAGUGAGGAGAAGGAGAGGAGGGAGAAACAGAUCCAGUUGAAGAGGAAAGAGUAUUUGGUGAAGGAGCUGGAGGGGCUGCUGAAGCAGGAAGGAUCAGGCGAUUUGAUCCCAGUUAUAGGUUUCUUCUGUCAGCGGUGUGAAGAGUUCUUUGGGGAUCUGAAUAGUGCUGAGGGCCACAUUGCUUCCCACAGACGCAGCGACGCACAAAAGAAGGCAAUGUUGGAUCAGCACGACCGACACAAAGACAAAAGGCACGGAGAGCGUCAUCAAAGGCCGUCGCAGUCUGACCUCAGAGAAAGACCACCAGUCCAGGACAAACGGUCAGCAGCUUCCCGCAUCUACCAGGAUUACCGUGAGCGCAGCCCAGAAAAGAAGAGAGUGAGGGAGAAGAGCCCCCAAUCACACUCAUCCUCAUCCCACGGGACAGAACCAAGCAAGGCCAAAUCAGAAUCCGAGAAGAUGGAAAGCCACGAGGAGAGCAAGGACAAAUCCGAGGAUGCGGAAUCAACCAAGAGUGAGAAGAAGAAAAAGAAGAAGGAAAAGAAAUUGAAGAAAAAGGAAAAAAAGAAAGAGAAGAAGAAGAAAAAGGAGAAGGACAAGGAGGCUGCUAUUUAAUGGAAGGGCUUCAUGGUUAGAAUGUACAUUUGGAAUUGGACCUUUGGCCUGACCAGACAUUGAUUGCGAGAAUUCUUAUGUUAAGUUUUUUUUUUUUUUUUUUUUAAACAGUUCAGCCUUUACACAAACAAGUUAUUUACAGGAUUGGCUCCUGUAGGUUUUGUCUGAACCUGAUGAAGCAUCAUGUGUUGGAUGUUGAGGCAGUAUGUACAUAUAUGGUCUAGGUUUCAACCAAUGCUCGUGUAUUGCAUAGCCGCCAUGGUUCUAUUCCCUUGUUCUAUAAAAAGAAGAAAGCCUUAAAUGCCCACCACAUUGUGAAAUUAGCAACCUGAGUAUGCACAGUGGGGACCAGAGGCUGAGCUGGGCUCCCCUACUUGUUUGGUUCACCCCAGCUCUAAUCUGAAAAAAAUGUCCAUUGACCCAGUUCAUCUGUAUGUGUAAUGUUUCAACAGCAGAACUGCAGUUCAUGUAUUACAUUACAGUUGCAGUACAGGAGUAUUUGAUUUCGGUCCAGACCAGAACACAGAUAAAAAAAAUUA